AUAACGUAUUCGAAAACAUCAUGGCUUCGACUGAUUUGCACUCUUCGGAUCCUCUUUCUCCCCAACCCGGUAUCUGCCCACCUUCUCCUAUUAUCCGCGUCCCAGAGGCCGAAAUAUACUCGGGACAUCAAUCAAUGGCGUUUGAUUUUGAUGAAGGUAAUCUCCAUGCCAUGGAAGGUUCGGAUUCAUCGGAAGUCUCCAAUAUUGCCGACGAAGAGGAUAGUGAGGAUGACAUUAUCCAGGCUCCCAUUGACUCCUUCAACGACGACGAGAUGAUCUCUACCCCUGGGUUCGACGAGCAAGCGUACUACCAAUCUAAAGAUGAGUGUAAAGGCGCUGUCCAGGCUUACGCAGCCUCACAAGGCUUCGCUGCUGUUAUUAGGCGGAGCAAAAGGAAGAAGCCAACGAAAACUCACAAAGAGGGCAGAGAAUUGAUACAAUACUCGUGCAUCUUUGGAGACGAGUAUCGCUGCACACGAGGGGACAGUUUCAAAGAUGUGCGCAUUAGGACUAUACAGACCGUAAAAAAUGGAUGCCCUUUUGCUGCUGUGGCUUGGGAGAUGGCAGAGGCAGAGGUAAAAGAGCAUGGUGGAGACAAAUGUUGGACUUGGAAGGUCGUGAAUGCCUCGCACAAUCAUCCGCCUGUCGCCAAUAUUGGAAUUGCACUUCUUCGGCGUGCUUCGCGGACGCCUGAAGCCAAAGAGCUGAUCAACACGUUGAUCGACAGCCGGACUCCAUUCCCCUCCAUCAUCAGUACCAUGUCUCAGCGUUUCCCAACGGUAAUGUUGACAUCGGAAGACUUGCAUCGUCUCGCCUUUCGUCGUCGUGCAGAUCUCCGUGCUGGCUCCAGUGCAAGUGCUGCUUGUAUUCGGCAAUUAGUGAGCAAUGAUGAGCUCCAUCGUCCGUUUGUCAACACACGCGAUGAACUCAUUGGUUUGGUUUACACCAAGCGAACUGCUCGCGCACUGAUUCACCGAUUUCCCGAAGUCCUUUUCUUCGACUGCACAUACAAGACGAACCUGUACCGGAUGCCCAUGCUCCAUAUCGUCGGAUCCACAUCGACAGGUAUGACAUACACUGCAGGAGUCAUCUUGAUGUUGCGUGAAACCACAAACUGGUAUACCCAAGCUCUCAAUUCGUUCUUCGAACUUGUCGGCAAACCGGAUGUCAAGGUUGUCAUUACCGAUCGUGACCCAGCACUCAUCAACGCUCUCAUGUCUGUCCUCCCCAAGGCUUACCGCUUCUCCUGCUUCUGGCAUCUUCAAGAAAAUGUCAAAAGCAAUAUAAGGCCCUGUUUCGUUGACGAAGAGAACAUCGUCAUGGCUGUCUCGAAUUUCUGCAAAGCUUGGGUACGGUAUUGUGUACAUGCAAAAUCGGAUGAGCAGCUUGAGGAAGGUUAUCGGAAGAUGGAAGAACUUUAUCCUGGUCAGAAAUAUGCUCGAGCGAUCUCGUAUAUCCGGGGUUUGGAUGAAAUCAAGGAGCGCUUUGUACAUGCCUAUAUCAACAAGCAACUUCACUUCGGACAAACCGGUAAUUCACGCUUAGAAGGUCAGCACGCAACUCUUAAGAAAUCAAUUGACACCAAGUACGGUGAUCUUCUGCUUGUCAUUGGGUCUCUAAGUACGUAUUUUGAUCAGCAGUGGUUGAAAAUUUUGAAAAGAAUUGAGCUCGAGAGAACGAGGUGUGCUACACAUAUUCCCAGUACUUUUGUUCGGGUAUGUUCCUUCCUUCUUUCUGUCCUUUUUGUAAUCGUGCUGAUAUAAUUGUUUAGUUAAAAGGCUCCAUAUCCCGCGCUGCAAUGAAGCUUCUUGCUGAGCAGUUGACUUUGGCCAAAAGAUAUUUGGGUGAUUACGAUGAAGGUGUCGAUGACUUUGAAGAAUCACACCCGUGCAGUGGCUCGUUUACAAAAUCCCAUGGAUUGCCCUGCGCCCAUCGUCUCAUUAGCUUCGUCCGGGAAAGAAGACACCUUGAAAAGGAUCACAUUCAUCCUCACUGGCGUCUCGGGUCUGCCGCAAGUCUCAAAAGAUACCUUGACCAUAUUAACAGACUUGUUGGCACCCCAGAUACAUCAGUCAUACGGCUGGAUGAUGUAUUUGACUUCGGUGAGGACCAAGAACUUAUCCUCGAUCCACCCAUUUUAAGCACCAAGCGGGGAAGGAAGGCCCCUAAUCCACCAGUGUUGCAGGAAGACCGGAUGUCGGCACCUUCAGGAAGGUACUUGACUCAGUCAGAAAGAAUUAUGGGGGCUGGAUUGACCCAGCGAAAAAAAGGGCGCUGUAAACACUGCCAAAGUUCCACUCACUAUACCAAAGACUGUGCGCGUGUUCAAGCGUCUCGAAGGGUCGACAAAAACCAAGAAGCUGAGAAUGCAGGUGAAGACAGAAGAGUUCUUGUCCCAGAUAGCGAUGAUGAGGAAGGAAAUGAGGAAGAUCUUGUCGAGGUACCGAAUGAACCCAAUCUUCGUCCAAAAAAGCAUUCUCGGUCACAAUAUCCUGCCCCCUCUCAAAUAUAUCCGUCACAUGCUGUUCAAAUGCAGCAUCUUCCUCCUGAACCCUCGGUCCCCCAAUUACCCCCUUCUUCCCAAUUCUAUCCACCAUUAUCACAAUACUAUCCCCCUGCUCCACAGCAUUACCCAACUUCAAAAUACCAUGUGCCUCCUACCCAGUAUAUCCCUUACAACCAAGUAUUAUUCCACAAUCAUUCCGAAGCCCCAACUCCCUAUCAUUACCCUUCUGUUAGUGGAUACAAUAAUCUCCAAUCUCCUCAAAUUUACCAAUACAACUUAGAGAAUAAUGUGGGCAAGGAUGCGAGCAUUCGAUCGCAGGAGGAUAGUAUUAUAAUGCAGCGAGGGAGAGAUCGACAUAGCUGGGAAUGAAGGCGAAGGAAGAAUGAAUAGAUGUCGAAAGAGGAAUAGAUGUCACAAGAAGAAUAGAUGUUUAUAAUAUUAGAGG